GAUAGAUGAUUUGCAAGUAGAAGACAAGUACAUGAUUAAUUUCAACAUUAGCCUAUGUAUGGAAUCAGAUCGACCUUGUAUAAUUACUUCUCAAGUUUUAAAAGAUACAAAGAUACCAAAGUCUUACUGUUACUUUUCCACUAAUUCAGAUUUUUCUUUGGUAUCAUGGUUUUCGAGUUACAGACUUCCUAUAAUUACUGCCAAAGAAAUCCCUCCACAAUGGGCAAUCACCAAACUUCAGGAAGAUAUGGGGAUAGAACAAUACAUGAUAGGAAAAUUGUGUAACAUGGAUCUGAUUCAACAACCGCUUAUAAACGAAUGUUCAAAUCAGUUUCAAGAUAAUCCUCUUGACGAAAAUGGUGUGAAUUGUGUCAUGUCAUCAUGUUAUGGACUUGUAUGCUGUGUAGACACACCAAUACUUAACACAUCUGUUCAGAUAACAUGGGAAUUUUUUGAGUGUAGAAAUACAAUCCAUUUACAGAUUGAAAAACUACACAAAAAGUUGAAAAUUCGUAGUUCUGAUUUUGGAGCAGGCCACACGUUUUCAUUGUUAGGAAUUUUCAAGAUGUGGUACCAGAUAGACUCUGUUGAGAUUGAUAAUACAUAUGUUUUGAAUGUAAACAUAAGUGUUUGCUUCGAAAUAGACAGAUGUGAGCUCAAUUUGAAAAUUCUUAAAGAUCAUGUAGUUGACAGGAAGGUGUGUGAUUAUAGAACUGGUUUCCUAGAUAACUCUUUCAAACUAGAUCAGUGGAUAAAUGAUAGACUCGUUGAAUCAAAGGUUACCAACGACGAUGUUCUUGCAAAUAAAUUAAUGGUAGACCUAGGUGUUGAUGAUUUCAUUGAAAGUUCAAGUCAGUGUGAUAUUAACUUAUUACCAUAUAGUGAAGCUGUAAAUGGAUGGAAUAAUGACUGUCCAAACGACACUGCUUCAGUAACUGUAUUGCCGGACAACAUUAAAUGUUACAUGUCAGCUGCCUGUAAUAUGAUAUCUUGCUGUGUAUACGUUGAUAUAUUCAGACGUUCAGUGUUUGCCUCAUUAGAAGUUAAUACCUGUCAGUAUAUGUUGGUAGUUUAUUUAGAACAUCUCUAUUAUGAAGUCCAUCUUUUGAACUACCAAUGGGACAAAGAUGAAGAAGUCCAGCUACAUGGAGUUUUCAGACUAAUAUUUAGAGUGAGAAGCAUACCCUCUGAAUGUAAAUUUUCUGUUGAUGCUGAUAUCAAGGUUUGCUUUGAUCCUUCAAGUAAUGCAUGCCAGACUAACGUAUCUGUGUUGAAAGCCUCUGAUCUCUUGUAUACGGUGUGUUCCUCUGUCGAAGAAAGUGUUCCGUUUAAAGGAAUUUCUUUUGAUUUUUGGAAGGUGACAGAUUCAUCAAUUGUACUAAAUGAUAGAGCAUGUUCUGUGAUUAUUCCGAAUGCGAAAAAUGUAGAUUGUCAAAUGGCAAAAAAUUGUCAAGGCUUACAGUGUUGUGUUGAUGCUGAAUUUGUAAUUGGAGAAAGAAAUGUGUGUACAACUUUUGAAAUAAAUGUGUGUGAUGAGCUUGAUUACAGUAUAGAAAGGAAGAAGUUUCAAAGAAGCAUACUUACAGAUGAUGUAAUAUCUGAAACUAUAGGAGACGUAUUCCAGCUCAAUGUCAGUGUUGUUAAACAUCCAACUAGAUACAUAUUAACAGCAUCGUUACAAGUUCGUUACCUGACUUCUGGUUUACAGACUUUUGAAUUGUUUAAAGGUAUAGACAUUAGAAAUACAGUAUGUCAAGGGAAGAAGAAAAGAAGAAAACGUAGUUCCAAUAUUCUUGAUCCAAAUAAAAUGAUGCAAGGCUUAAGAAUGUUGGCCGGACAACAGGCAUCAGAAGGUGCUUAUCUAGACUUUUUUUAGAGCUGUUAAGGAAACAGAGAAUCAAAAGAGAAGUCAAAACUUUAGAGAGACUCAUAUUCCUGAGAGUGACAAGAAGACUGGUCCUAGGUCUUUAUUUAAAGCCCUAGGUAAGAACAAUCCUGCA